AUGCGCAGGUCUAGUACGGAUGAAUCGACCUAUCACAGAAGCCCUUCUUUGGACAGCAAGGAUUACAGUUUUCCAAAUGGCGCCUUCCGUCGCUACAGCAGCAUGUAUGGUGGCCAGUUUGGGGCCGCAAGCAACUCUUUUUUUGGAUUCCACACCAACCCAGGCCCUAAGGCCACCAAGGCUAAGUACACGUCCCCCAAAGGGAACAAGUAUGUGGUCUUUUACUUGGAUCUCUCCUUUAUUUUUCUUCUAGAACUGAAGAGGUGCAGCAUGGCUCACAACUGCCUGCAGUGUAUUAAGUACCUCAUGUUUGUCUUCAACCUUCUCUUUUGGCUGGGAGGCUGUGGAAUCCUUGGAGUUGGCAUAUGGCUAGCUGUUACCCAAGGGAACUUUGCUACUCUAUCUUCUUCCUUCCCUUCCCUGUCAGCUGCCAACCUGUUGAUCGUCACAGGGACUUUUGUAAUGAUCAUCGGCUUUGUGGGGUGCAUAGGAGCCAUCAAAGAAAACAAGUGCCUCCUGCUCAGUUUUUUUAUCAUGCUGUUAAUUAUAUUCGUGCUGGAGCUCACCGUCGUGAUUCUCUUCUUUGUGUACACCGACAAGAUUGAUAAGUAUGCUCAGCGGGACCUGAAGAAAGGGCUUCAUUUAUAUGGAACUGAUGGAAAUAUUGGCUUAACUAAUGCAUGGAGCAUCAUACAAACAGAUUUCAGAUGCUGUGGAGUGUCAAACUACACUGAUUGGUUUGAAGUGUACAAUACAACACGGGUGCCAGAUUCGUGCUGCCUGGAAUUCAGUGAGAAUUGUGGGCUUCACUCCCCAGGGACCUGGUGGAAAGCACCUUGCUAUGAAACAGUGAAAAUGUGGCUUCAGGAAAACCUGCUAGCAGUGGGGAUUUUUGGACUGUGUACAGCUUUGGUUCAGAUUCUUGGAUUGACAUUUGCAAUGACCAUGUACUGUCAGGUUGUUAAGGCAGAUACCUUCUGUGCAUAAGAACCAUUUCUGAGAUCCCUGGCCCUGUCUUUUCUCCAUACAAGAUGCAAGAGGACUCUUCAUUCUCAUUUUUUUCUAUGUAAAAUAAACUGUGUAUAAUCCUC